UCCCGGUUCAGUCUUUCCUCCCAAGUAAGGGAAUAAGCACCGAGGAAGAAGCGCUCCGGAAAGCCGCGCAACCAAGUGUUGCAUGGUGAGGAAGGACCAGGAUUCCUGAAUUUACCUUGACUGAAGACAGAAGUACUGCACAGGUCAAUCCUCUGAGAGGAGUCGCUGCUGCUGUAGACACUUGAGUCCUCUGAGAAGUCUCCAGAAGUGCUAGUCACUUGUGUACCUGCAAUGAGCGAGGCCCUGGGCUGGACCUCAGUUUCACCUUGGUGAACAAAACUCCAUUCCUGGCCUCAGGACACCCACACGCAGUGUAAAGAUGAGUGGAGAACGGUGGGUCUCCCUCACUCCAGAAGAAUUUGACCAACUCCAGAAAUACUCUGAAUAUUCCUCCAAGAAGAUAAAGGAUGUCUUGACUGAAUUUAAUGAGGGAGGGAGCCUUGGAAAAUAUGACCCACAUGAGCCAGUUAGCUAUGAUGUCUUCAAGCUGUUCAUGAGAGCAUACUUGAAGGUGGACCUUCCUCAGCCACUGAGCACACACCUCUUUCUGGCCUUCAGCCAAAAGCCCAGACAAGACACCCCUGGCCAUCCAAGGGAAGGGACCAGCAACAGUGAGGUCAAUGGCCCAGAUUCCAGUAUACAGAGUGCAGAUAAUGCUUCCAAAGCAGAUGAAGCCUGUGCCCCUGAUAUGGAAUCAAAGGUCACCGAGAAGCAAGUACCAGCUAAAGACCAAGUGGCCACGACCUCUCUGGGAAUCCCUGCUGUUCAGUCUCCAGACUCAGAGCCCCCAACAGUGUACCUGAAGGAUGUUGUGUGUUACCUGUCCCUGCUGGAGACUGGGAAACCUCAGGAUAAACUCGAAUUCAUGUUUCAUCUCUAUGAUUCGGAUGAGAAUGGUCUCCUGGACCAAGCGGAGAUGGAGCUCAUUGUCAACCAGAUGCUUCAUGUUGCCCAGUACCUGGAGUGGGAUCCCACGGAGCUAAGACCUAUUUUGAAGGAGAUGUUGCAAGGGAUGGACUGUGACAAGGACGGCUUUGUGUCUCUAAAGGAAUGGGUCCAAGGAGGGAUGACUACCAUUCCAUUGCUGGUCCUCCUGGGUAUGGACGACUCUAACUCCAAGGGGGAUGGGAGGCAUGCCUGGACCUUGAAGCAUUUUAAGAAAUUGACUUACUGCAACUUCUGCCACAUCAUGCUGAUGGGCGUUCGGAAGCAAGGCCUGUGCUGCACUUAUUGUAAAUACACUGUCCACGAACGCUGUGUAUCCAAAAACAUUCCUGGGUGUGUCAAAACGUACUCAAAAAGUAAAAGAGGCGGCGAGGUGAUGCAGCACGCGUGGGUGGAAGGGAACUCCUCCGUCAAGUGUGACCGGUGCCACAAAAGUAUCAAGUGCUACCAGAGUGUCACCGCGCGGCACUGCGUGUGGUGCCGGAUGACGUUUCACCGCAAAUGUGAACUAUCCACAUUGUGUGAUGGUGGGGAACUCAGAGACCAUAUUUUGCUGCCUACCUCGAUAUGCCCCGUCACCCGGGAUAGGCAAGGUGGGAAGACUGAAGGCAGCGCGUCAGCCAAAAGUGAAAUUGUGAUGCAGUAUAAGAUCAUCCCCACCCCGGGUACCCACCCCCUGCUGGUCUUGGUGAACCCCAAGAGUGGAGGGAGACAAGGAGAAAGAAUUCUUCGGAAAUUUCACUAUCUACUCAACCCAAAACAAGUUUUCAACCUGGAGAGUGGGGGGCCUAUUCCAGGAUUGAACUUUUUCCAUGAUACUCCAGACUUCCGUGUUCUGGCCUGUGGCGGAGAUGGGACAGUUGGCUGGAUUUUGGAUUGCAUUGAUAAGGCUAACUUGGCAAAGCAUCCACCUGUGGCUGUCCUGCCUCUUGGAACAGGAAAUGACCUUGCCCGCUGUCUCCGCUGGGGAGGAGGUUACGAGGGGGGCAGCUUGACGAAAAUUCUGAAGGACAUCGAACAGAGUCCCUUGGUCAUGCUGGACCGCUGGCACCUGGAAGUCAGCCCCAGAGAGGAGGUGGAGAACGGGGACCAGGUCCCGUACAACAUCAUGAACAACUAUUUCUCCAUUGGCGUGGAUGCUUCCAUUGCACACAGAUUCCACAUGAUGAGAGAGAAACAACCUGAAAAGUUCAACAGCAGGAUGAAGAACAAGCUGUGGUAUUUUGAAUUUGGCACCUCAGAGACCUUUGCUGCCACCUGCAAGAAGCUCCAUGACCACAUAGAGUUGGAGUGUGACGGGGUUGGAGUGGACCUAAGCAAUAUCUUCCUUGAAGGCAUUGCCAUUCUCAACAUCCCCAGCAUGUAUGGAGGUACCAAUCUCUGGGGAGAAACCAAGAAGAACCGAGCUGUGAUCUGGGAAAGCAGGAAGGUCGUCACUGACCCCAAGGAACUGAAAUUCUGUGUCCAAGACCUCAGUGACCAGCUUCUUGAAGUGGUGGGGCUAGAGGGAGCCAUGGAGAUGGGGCAGAUCUACACUGGCCUGAAGAGUGCAGGCAGGAGGCUGGCCCAGUGCUCAUCUGUCACGGUCAGAACUAACAAGCUGCUGCCAAUGCAAGUGGAUGGCGAGCCCUGGAUGCAGCCACCUUGCUCGAUUAAAAUUACUCACAAGAACCAAGCGCCCAUGAUGAUGGGGCCUCCCCAGAAGAGCAGCUUCUUUUCACUGAGGAGAAAGAGCCGUUCAAAAGACUAAACAAUGUACCAAACACCAGAGAAAACAAGAAACUUUAACCACACACUCACACACACAUUUACACACGCACACAAACACACUCUUCCCUAACCAGUGGGCCAAAGCCAGCCUUCAGGAAGAAAACCUUCACCUUGCCAUAUGUUCUCUUUUAUUAAUGGAUAUGCCCCUAACAGAGCCAGUGCCAAAAGAACAUUUUGAAUGGAGUUGGGGCCCACCAGGAUCUGGUUGGCCCAUGCAUCAACCUCCACAUUCCCAGAAGGACUUGAGGAGGACUUUCUAAGACUGAGGUGAAAUCUCCUUUUCUUUCCACCAGCCCUGCAAGUUUCCUCAUGGACGCUCACAAGGAGCAAGCUGCAGGUUUCCUGCCGAUGGUGAAAUCGGAUGUGGCCAAGGGAAGGCACUCCCAUUCCAGAGAGCUCGCACAAAGGUCCCUCUGUACAGAGACAAAACGGCCUUCGACGCACAGAACAUAAUCCUUGGCAGGGCCCAGAGAGCUCACGUUGGUUUCUUGGUUGUCCUUUGAGUGACAACUUUUCCUUCAACUUGCUGAGGAGGCAGAAAGACGCUGGAAAGCUGUUUCUACUCUUGGUUCUUUUGCUAUCCUUGGGCACUUGUUAUUUUCCUGAAGCUUUCUCCUGGUGGUGGUGUGUUUGUUUAGAGACGGCUCCAAGAGCUCGAGCCCCCAGAGUUGCCUGCACAGCCACCUUAGAUGUGGUAUUUAUUUUCUUAGUUCUGUGAACACUUGGGAGGGGAAGCAGAGAAACUGGGAUUUAUUUUUCAAAUUGGUGUCAUAAUAUUGUGUAAAAAGGGAAGGGAGGAAAAAAAAAAAAACAACACCCCCAGCUUC